UGAAUCUACCCCGGCCCACUUAUACCCUAAGAAGGAUUGCCGCUGGGUGAUAAUAAAUAAACUAAACUAUAUGAGAGCGCUGCUGCCUAGAUCUUCCCAGGAUUACUGUCACGUGGUGAUCCUAUGUCUUUAAGUGCCAACAAGCAAUACAGUUGAUCUGAUACCAAAUCAUAUUUUGUUGGAUUGGAAACACUGACGCUCGAAGACACAAUUCUCCCACAUAGACAUUUACAUAGGUAAAAUCAACGACUGGCUUCGACUUCGGCGCUAUUAUUUAAUCUCACGUAUUCCUGGCCAUCCGUCAAACAUAGCCAUGGCCGAUACCGCACCCGAAGUCCCUGUCGAGGAGCGCCAAGAAGAUAGCGAUGUAGUCGAUAGGAAAGCAGAGGUUCUCGCGGAGCAGAUAAAGAAGAGCAAGCACUUCAUCGUUUUUACCGGAGCCGGGAUCUCUACUUCAGCCGGUAUUCCCGACUUCCGCGGUACCGAAGGCGUCUGGACGCUCAUGGCUCAGGGAAGACAGCGGCCGAGUGCGGUGAAUACCCUCCAAGCCGUACCAACUGCUACGCACAUGGCUCUUGUUGAGCUGCAGAAUAGAGGGAUAUUAAAGUAUCUGAUUAGCCAGAACUGCGAUGCCCUGCACCGGAAGAGUGGAAUUUUACCAGAUAAGAUAUCCGAGCUCCAUGGCAAUAAUAAUCGCGAGUACUGCGAGGACUGCGGGAAGGAAUAUAUUCGCGACUUCCGGGCUGUUGCUUCAUAUGAAAAGACAGUCCACGAUCAUCGCACAGGGCGGAAAUGUACGCGUUGCGGCGGGGCCCUACGAGACAGCAUCGUCAACUUCGGCGAGUAUCUCCCUGCCGAGCCCUUAAGGCUUGCUCGCAACCACGCCAAGAAGGCGGACCUCUGCCUUGUCCUGGGUUCUUCACUCACGGUACCCCCAGCGAGCGGAAUUCCGGAAAUGGUUGGUACGAGGAAAGCAGCGAAACUUGCCAUAUGCAAUCUGCAAGACACGCCGCUGGACGGGCUCGCGGACCAGCGGAUUUACUCGAAGGCAGAUGAGCUGAUGACUCGGGUUAUGGCCAAACUUGACAUUCCCAUUCCGCGAUUCAUUCUCCGCCGCCGCCUGACUGUUCAGAUGGAGACGACGGGUGGAAACCGGCAUCAGCUGAAGGUCUGUGGUGUCGAUGUCGACGGAACGCCUAUGACCUUCCUCCGCUCUAUAAAGCUUGACCAGUAUUGCAGAAGGGCAGCUCGUACGGAGCCCUUCAAUAUAAUUUUUCGCAGUGACUUGGAUUUGGGGACGGAACUGAAAUUAGAGCUGGAGUUCAUAGGGAACUAUGGCGAGCCAAACCUGGAGAUCAUAUACGAGUAUGCAGGGGAAGCUGGCACGGAAGUACUGUAUCUCCUUGAAUAUAACCCACAGACUGGAGAAUGGAAGACGGAAAAGGAGAAGAGUCGGGGCGUCGAUGAAGAUAGCGGCCAUACAUAGGUAAUCACCUCUCGCCAUACUCCCCAUACACCCCCCUCCGUCCCAACACCCACCCCAUCGCAACCGCAACCCCCAUCGCCGCCCUAGUAGCCAAACCGCCAACCCACCCCGCGCCCAACGUAACCGGAUAAUUAUCCGCUCUCCAGAACAAAUUCCACAGCUCCAGCGUCACGAGCGCGUCGUCGCUCCAAGCACCACCCCCCGCGGUAGCAUCCAGGAUAAUCCCGUUCAAGUUCCGAAAGAACAUCUCUUUCGCGCCGUCCCUCGGCUCCGUCCAUUCUCUCACGACUAACUCCUCCUCCUCCUCCUCCUCCUCCGUAUCAGCCCCUGUAUCUUGAUCUUGCUCGGCCACGCCCAAGUAUCCCUCCUCCUUCCGAU